UCGGUAAAAGAUGCAUUAAUGCAAGUGUCACAUCUCGGUCAAUAGAGGGCAGUCCUGCUUUGUUAGUCCAAGUGACCGGACCUUGACAAGGCAACGAUGGUGACUCAAAUCAGCAAUGUUUUGCCAUGAUUAUGCUGAUAUUUGCACAGAUAGAUCCAGCGCCAGCCUACGAUGUAAAGCCAAUUGUCAUUCGCUACCAUGGUAACAGAGACGAGAGCCGUUGCUUGUGCUUCACACUGGAUUCUGAAUGUGCUCCUGCUGUUGAGUAUCAUGUAAUUCAGAUAUGAAAAGCACUUGUAUCCAUGCAUCAGCCUACAGAUCUGGAAUUGUUGCAUAUAACCAAACGUCCCACAUCAGACCUAUUAAUUUAUCCUGUAACUCUAGCGAUAGAAGUCUCGAAACUUGUAAGAGAGACCUUUUAAAAAUUAUUUGUAUCGAUAGUUUACACUCAUCCGAUUUCUGCAAUUCCUGCUAUUUUUUGUAAACGUACAUUCGGUCGUGCAAAUCUCAGGGACAGAUCACGUUCAUGUUAGCUGUUGAGUGUGUGGGAGUGCUUCAGGCAGAUGAGGUGUGAUUUUAGAGGGUUUGAGAGUGUGUGGGUGAGAGAGAAGUACAACAAAGACACAAUCUGGCUGUACAAAACUAGUCUGGACAAUUACAUACUACGCUAAAAUCAAAAACAAAAAGCAUGUUUUGACCUUGCGCUGCUACUUUAAUUAAAAUGAGGGUUUUAUAAACCGAUAGGACAAGAAGAUAAGGUCUGAUGAAAAUCGAAGCCGUCUUAUUAGAGGUCAAAUCAAAUUGAGAUGAAAUGACUGAAAGGAAAUGAAAUGAGGGAGGCAAAAAAGUCCUAAGCUCCAGAUAAGUGCUAAAGCCCUGAAGCAGCGUUAAAACUCAAGGGAGGGAGCUAUAAGAGGAGGGAGAAAAGAGAGAGAGAGAGAGCUGGCGGUGGUGCUGAAAUAAGAGCCUAUUUAUCAAACCAACAGUGUUUCUGUGUGACUAAGGACAAGACGGAGCUGAAAGAUAAUGCCGGAAUACGGACUGCAUGCUUGGAUUCCUGAACAGCUUUCACACCUGGACCAGCUGAGCACUAGGGACCAGGACGUCCAUCUGUUAUGCAUGCGAUACUUUGACUGUUAAAGUUGCGUUGAUUCUAACCAACACGAAGAAGCAAUGCAAAGAGACCAUGGAGAAGUGUAACGUUGUGCUUGGGUGAAGAAGAAAUUUUUCUGGUGGAGAUACUGCAGGCAUUUCUUAAAUCUAACAGCUAACUACCAACAUCAGAAGUAUAACUAACUACUAAAAGGACCUGGUACACAUGCUCUAUCAACAUUACACUACAGACUUUUGGAGGAUUGUAUUGGAGAUCUUUUAAGAGCCGUUGUCAAGAGGUGACAUAAUGGGAAAGCCAUUAAGUCGUCCAGGGUGUUUACGGCAAAGCCCUUGUUGCUCGAAAAAAGUGGAUGAUCGAGAGGGUUACAAUGAAGAUGGGUACAUUCCUCAACGAUCCAUCUAUGACACAAUGUGCAUCAAUGAACAGAUCGACCACAGUUCUGCUCACAGCACCCUGGGUUCAAGGAGGGGUCGUGAAACUGACUUCCCCAGUAACGGUUCCCUGGGAGCAGGUGGAGACAUGUUUGAAACAAGGCCUUCUGUAUUAAUCAGCAGUGGCAGGAAACUGGAUGAGAGGUUCAUUUUUGACUCCUUAAAACUGGCAAAUGAUGAAAUGAUGAGCAGGUCGCCAGGAGGGUUUGUGAGGUCGGCAUCCCCCAGCGUGUCCUGCAGUUCAGCUCCGAGUGGAUCCAUGAACAAACGACAUCAUCUCCAGGACAGCUCCAAGAAGGACACUCUCUGCCGACACUCGUGGAAGGUUCUGUCUCCACCAAAGCUCCCAGAACCAUUGGAGCUCUCCACAAAUGAACGGAACUAUUUGAAUCCAGGCGUCGCCUUUUUUCCUAACAGUAUCACCUCUCCACAGAUCUCACCCUUUUCUGGAUCCCCUUUCUCUACUGGCACACACACACCUUCUGUAUUCUUUUCGCCGUCUCCGUUGCCCUACCACCAGCAGUUCCAUAGACAGUCCUUACCCACCCAACCCUCUUCACCAAGGCCACCUCUGUCAGAAUUAUCAGUCAGUGCCCUAAUGUGUGGCCAAGAUGACCAAGAUCAUAUAGGGAAUAGCCAUUGUAUGAGGAGUGAUGGGUACACGGCAAAAGAUAAUUUGUUUCUGACUUUUAAACCCAAGAGUAUUGAACCUGAGAGAGAACAGCCAUCCACCACCCCAGAACCUGAAAAUGACACUACGCCCCUUCUGCGCUCCCAGACAACAAAAAGACCUGCCAUCUCCCCUUCUUCCAUGGAGUCCACCUGGCCACGUCGGCUGAUCGGAAGAAGGCGGACGGUAAGACAAGGUGGUGCAGUUCACAAUCUUCCAAUUCUCCCUCCAUUGCCCUCUCUGUUAUUUCGAAGUGUCUCUGACAAAAAGACUAUUCCUCGCCUUUCACCAUUCUCUGAGCACCAGGGAAAUGUGGAUGGACAGUUGGGUAGAUCAACAUUAACCAGAGACUUAAAGGAUUGCUCCCUACAGGACUGGAAAAUAUUGCGAGAGCGAGAAGUGUGUAGUGCACAACCAUCCCGAAAUGAAAACGUGAUGGAGGAUGCUUUAGAAGGAAGUAGCAAAAUGCUGGUAAUAGAGGAGCGUGCUGAGCCAGACAUUGAUGAAAAUUCCACUCAUGAAUGUGAGGAAGAGAACUGGGAAGCUGUGUUGGAGAUGGUUAACUCAAUCUGGGAUGAGUCUUUGAAUGAAUCAGAUCCCCAAAAUAUUGGCUCUCUAAGGCGCUGGCCUCUUUUACAUCCUCCAUCAGGGUUUGGUGGCUCACAAGCUCCAUCGGCGACAAGUUCAGAAUUGGAUGCUGAAGACCUUCUGGAGAUUGAGCGAAUGAACAGAGAGGUCAUCGAAAGCCAAGAUGACGAAGAACCAGAAUUUCACUACCGUUUCAAAACGUGUGAAACUAAAAUAAGUGUUGUUGACACACAGCCGCUUGUUCGUAGUAAAAUACCAACCACCUUGGAUCUUGCCUCCAUUGAUGCUCAAAUUGGAAACAAAUACACCUAUAGUGAGUCACCAGACUCCGCCCUGACCCUGGACUCGGACUCAAGUGGUAUCUACAUGUCAAAUCCCAGUCACACCAGCAGAGAGGACAUCACUUUCGAAAGUGACAGACCAAUGUCAGAUCUAGGUAUAGGAAGCACCUCGUCUCUUAGCCAAGGGGACGAGUUGACAGACGAUGAUAGAAAGAUGCAGACACGCCUACCAAUCCCCACACUAAAUAAAAUAAUGCCGCUGGACAAAAAACAACCCUCUGGAUUUAGGUCUAAUAGCAUAGAGUGCAGAAGACAAGCGUUUUGUAAUGAGAUUACAACCAAAGCUACGGAAAUAAAAAAACGCUUGAGGCCUGUGGACAAAGGAACUCUAACCCAACAGAUUCAUAACACUGUGAACACAUCGAAGACUGAUGUGCCUUUACCUCUGUCCCCCUCCAAGCAUGAAGUGAAACAAAAUGUGUUAAGCAAAACUGACACAGAUUCAUUUGUUGCGACGGACAGUUUCGUCUACUUGGCCGUGUCAGUGCCACCUCCAACCACACAGGGAAAUGUGACCAAAACCGCAGUGGAAGGGCCAUCACCACCCAUAUCCUUUAUCAAACCCUGCCUGUACCCCGAUGAAUGUGACUUCCUGUCUACAGAUAGUUUUGUUUACCUGGCUGCUCCAGAUUGCCACCUGUUGGUUACAGAGGGUCAUGCAGUAUAUGGUGACUCAAAUAAUUCUGAAUCGGAGGACAGUGGCUCUAAGGCCGAGUUUGUUCAAGGCUCUGCGGUUGGAGGAGACAGCGAUUGGGAUUCAGACCUAACCGAUUCUGAACACGAGCCAAACUCGUCCAAGUCCGCAUGGGACUACUGGGAGGAGCUUGAGCAGGGGGUGCUGCAGGGGCUAUUCGGCGAGGACCAAUCGGAUGCAGAGACACUGCUCCAUGGCAACCAAGCUCAGCAAAUUUCCUGCCAGCCUGGAGAGUUGGCUGCUAUUGUUGUACAGGAGAGAGCUGGGCUGGAAGAGGUGUCUUAAUCGUACACACAGGGGGCAGAGUCCCACACUGAGGUGAAGUCUGUAUCCUAACACUCAUUAUUGCACUGGAUAACCUAUUACAGCCCAUUUAAUAAUUCUAAACAUAAGCAGGUAUUGUUUUUUUAAUAAUGUACAUAUUAUUAACAAGUAGUGGCUCCAAGAUUUCCAUUACUAGUAAUGUAGGGAAUAACAAUAAGGUUUGAACGGUUAUGUAAUGAAAGCAAUUUUACUAAAGCACAAUUUAGGCAUCUGUUUUAGCUGCGUUUCUGUUUAUGUCAGGGUGAACAGCUUUAUUAGGUUAUUGAUUUAAUGUUACGUUGAACAGUAUUUGUGUUAACUGAUAGGUCUGGCUAUAUUAAUGGGUAAUCGUGGAUGCAAUAUGACUUUCAUAGAUCAAGCAUACAAGCUUAAACUGUAAUGCACACUACUUAAUGUAAUGUCAGUAAUAUUUGCUGUAUGCUGUGGGCUUUUUAUAAAAAUAGUGAAUGUUUUGUUACUGGGGUAAUUAAAGUAUUGAAUGGCUAUAUGAUGAUUGAUGUAGAAAUGAUGACGUCAUCAAUAAUAAGCACCGAUAAUGCUUAAUAUGCAGUACAACGUGUACGUGUUAAGCUCAGUUUACUAAGCAAACUGGUCCGCAGGGAGUUGUUACACUUGUUAACACUACAAAAUACGUAUAUUUCACACUGCCUUGACUGUCAAUAAAAGUAUAGGAACAAAGUGAGCGUCUUCAUCUUUUUUUCUCAGCUGUUUGUUUGGCAUGCAGUUGGAUAGAUGACUUUUUCAGCACUACCCCUCCUUAGCCUCUUUUCCAUCCCUCCAUCUGUCAUGGCCUACAUAUACGU